AUGCUCUCUGACAUGAGGAUGGACGCUUACCGUGACGAACGUCCCCAGAUCCGCGUCGCCUACAGAACGGACGGUCAACUGCUCAACCACCGGAGGGUGCAAUUUCAAUCACGUGUAUCCACAACGACCGUACACGAACUUCUCUUCGCCGACGACUGCGCCCCCAACGCAACCUCGGAAUGGGACAUGCAAAGGUGCAUGGAUCUCUUCUCCGCCACCUGCGAGAACUUCGGCUUGGUCAUCAACACGGAGAAGACGGUGGUCACGCACCAACCGCCACCCAACACUGAUCGCAGUGAGCCCCAAAUCGUCGUGAACGGAACCCAACUGCAAGUGGUGGACAACUUCACGUAUCUGGGCAACACCCUCUCCCGCAGCAGCAAAAUCGGUGAUGAAGUGGCCCGCCGGAUUUCAAGCCUUCGUUCGUCUUCAAAACAGUUUGGAUUCGUCUCGGUCUUUAACUCUCCACGAAACCGAAGAUGCACAAGGCCGUCAUUCUACUGAUGUAGCUGUAUGGAGCGGAGACCCGGACGAUGUACAUGAAGCAGACACGUAGACUCAACCACUUCCACCUCAGUUGUCAUCGUCGCACCCUGAGGCCGAGGAGGCAGGACCGGAUCUCAGAAACGGACGUAAUGGAGCGGACGAAAAUCCUCAGCUUCAACGGUAUGCUGAGACAACUACAAUUACGCUGGAGUGGCCACCUCGUACGGAUAAACGACGAGAGGCUACCCAAACUACUUUGCUAUGGCGAUGUCGCGACGGGUUCACGCCGACGAGGAGAUCAAUUCUGGCGCUACAAGGAUACUCUGAAAACCCCCCUGAAGCGCUGGCAGAUCAACGAGGCAAACUAGGAUGACGGCCUCGGCCGCCUUCUUGCACCACUUGGAGUUGGAGUUGCACACAGACCGGAGGCCACCAUGAGGCGUCAGGUGAUGAGACCAAAAGACCCAAUGCCACGGCAAAAAACAUCUGGAGUCGUUUAGCGGAUCUAGUGAAGUUGCGGACAAAGCAACUACGUCGGCGAAACUGGAAGACUGCUCCGGACGCGAAUUGCCGAACACGCGGCAGCGGUACGGAGAAAUGACGCCAACUUUCAGGUCGCGGCCCAUUCGACGAGACCCGGCCACACAUUCAAGUUCGAUGAGGACGAAAUUCUCGCGAGAGGGGAUAAUCGCGUGAGCCGCGAGCUGCUUGAGUCAUGGUUCACGGGACCUUAGUCUAUCAACAAGUGCAACGACAUCCCCACUCCAUAUUCCGUGUUGAGACAUAGGCUGGCUAAAGUAAUUGACCACUAGGGGAGCGCGCAAGCCGGUGAGCCAGACGGCCGAGCAAUCCUCACCCCAGCAUCCAACACGGGUGAUGAGAUUUCCGCAAUUAACAACUUGCACGCCAAAACCCCCACCGUCAACAGCAGUUAUAAGGACCCGAUUUAUACCUGUACUCAUUGCGAUCGUACCUUCACCUCAAACAUCGACCUGGUCGGUCACUUGCGAAUCCAUCGCACAGAGACCGGCAAACCAGUGCCCGGAGCACCAACUUACACCGACCGCAUCCACCUCCACGGUCGAGACUGCACUCGCACAUUCAUGCACCGCAUGGGCCUAUUCGGCCACACGCGUAUCCUGGAGAGCGGAACGGACCGCAGCCCGACACACCUAGCACAUCCAGUACACCCUUCAUGCCUAGCCUCGCCCACACUCCGCCGCCCAGCGCCCUCCGUUUCAUCCCACCCACUACACCUUACACACCCACCAUGCUCAGCCCAAUCCACACGCCGUCGCCCAGCGCGCCCACCACUACCACCACCACCAGCUCCAUCACUGAGGCUGAUACUGACACCGCCGACUCUUUAUGUCUACACUGUCCCCAUACAUUCCCCUCACACAUCGGCCUGGUCGGUCACUUGCGAAUCCAUCGCACAGAGACUAUCGAACCAGUGCCUGGAACACCAAUCUAAACUCGUCGCAUCCGCCUCCAUUGUCCACAUUGCCCUCGCACAUGUAUUCACCGCAUGGGUCUAUUAGGCCGCAUGGGCGUCCACGAAAACCUGCGGUAGACAACCUCCGGCCAAACGACGAUAUCACAUCUUCCCUCACCAGUAUCUCACCGCAGAUCAACAUCAUCCACCGCAAGCACCCAACUGCCACCUCCUACGCAUGUGGGAAGUGUGUGUAUCGGCUCCGUGUCCAUGUGGCUCCCCUGCUGCAUGUUUGAUCGGAGUCUGAUACGAAGACGGUUCGUCGAGCACCAUGACUCGGAAGGCAGCCGACUGACGCCCAAAUCAGUCCACGCAGUCUGCCCAGUUGUCUGUUGUGUGGAAUGGCGGACUGGUGGGCUGAGAGUCAGGCUCUCACGGCCCCUUCUCAAGCGAUGUGACACUCUCAUGCAUGCGAGGACAGUGUUUGUGUUUGUACGUGUGCUUUGCGGGUAGCACCUUUCAGUCGAAGACUGUUUGAUUACUCAACCUUGAAGGGUGACGGCCCAGGCUAAAAGCAGGGCCACGUGUCGCCUGUCUGGGGCAAACGGGCUGAAAGCGUGUACUAUGCCAGGAUCAGCAAACCAUGGCCCUCGCAGCCUGGUAUGCGCUGGCAGUUCCCUGACACCUAGUUCCCUGCCGGUAGAUGUGCUUGCACUCCCACUGGGUAUACAGGUGGUGAGCAUGACUGCCCAGUCAUCAUCGUCCUUCUGACCCCAGUUGGGGUGUUAUUACUGUUGUUGGUUAAAAUCCUUGCCAAGUGUUUGUUGUGGACGAGGGGGUUUAGUGGAACGCCUAGGUGGGGAUUCGGCUGUGCCAGUCACCUGCGCCAUUCCCCACCUCUGGUCUUCUAGACACUGUCGUGACACCGGGUCCAGGUGGGGAGUGGGGAAGAGAGAGUGCAAUAAAUGCUGCACAAGUCAACCAUUACUGAUAACCAAUUCACGCGCAAGUCACCGUGUCUGCUGCACCUUGCUGUGUAGUAUACGGUGGAUAUAGUCGGAGUCGACGGUCGAACUGUCGUUGCAAACUAUAUUUGAAUUUAUAAGGGCGUCGAAAUUUAGAAGUAAUAGGGCAUGGUACUUAAGCAGUCACUUUUUGCCGAGUGCAGUUUCGCAGUCGACGGAAAAGAUGUGCAUUCAAAAUCCAGCAUGCUGGCGUGUCUGGAAUAACAUGGGCUUAUGCCGGCAGAUAAGCAACACUACAAUCACACGUAGGUAACCCUUCCUAGUUAAAAACGCAUCUGAGAAUUUCGGAUAACAGUUCAUGAGAUCGGUCUCUGGCUGCGCGUAAUAGCUUCCCAAUGGACGAUGACCACUGAAGCACCUCAGGAGGUACACAGCAUGGGUAACGUCGCCUCCGUCCUACUAGGAUGUAGUGACCAUAGACUUGAGUGGCACUUGGCGAUACCAUGUUGGGUCAUGAAACGGGCUGGAGCAUUACGUUGAAGGACACUUGAACCAAGCUGCGUACCCGUAGCCGUAUGGUGAACGUCCUGUGGGCCUUCCUCAAGUGCUCCUUUCCACCUCAUGAAAUAUGUCCGAUCACAGUAUUACGACCCAUGCUACGGUGCCCGCUGGAACCGACCCACUCUGCAACCCUGGUCCAGUGGUUCAGGUGAAUAAUAUGCGAACUGGACUACUCAGUCGGGGAAGGACACUUGGUACUGGAUACUGGGAUGUGCGAACGUUCCUGGACUACGGUAUCCAAAGUCCGGCCGCGCGCAGCCUUAAACAGCACAACAUGGAUAUCUGCUGUCUGUCGGAUGUUUGACUCCCUGACUCAGGCUCUCGAGAAAUAAAGAUCCCUGGAGUCGAAUCACACUUCACCCUGUACCACAGCGGCCCACGUGACUCUUCUGGUAGACACGGUGUGGCUAUCGCCCUCUCACAACAAGCGGACCUCGCGUUACUUGCUUGGGAACCAGUCAAUGACCAGAUGGCUCAUGUGCGAGUGAAGGGUCACUUCACGAACAUCUCCAUCAUCUCUGUGCGCGCACCAACUUCGGCUGCCGAACAGGGCGAUAAAGAGGCAUUUUACUCACAAUUUCGGACGUUAGUUGAACGACUCCCUCGCCAGGGACUGGAAUGGUCGGAAUGGGCCUGGCAACUCCAUAAACAGUCAUCUUCUUGGCAUCUUUGGGCUUGGUCCCCGAUGUGAAAAUGACGAGACAUUGCUGAACUUCGCUGAUCAGAACCGACUGCUUGUCACCAACACGUGUUUCCAGCAUCGCAAGAAACAUUUGCUGAUCUGGUAUUCAAACGACGGUCAUACGGCCAGUCAGAUUAAGUACAUACUAGUCAGCUCAAGGUUCCGCAGCUGGGUUCACGGUAGCAGAUCGAUGCGUGGUGACGUGACUGGUAACGCUCAUCGGUCGGACCCUGUCCUCGUUCGUACACGCUUGAAAGUUCACCUUUCGCCCACGUCAAAAAUGUCACCUCCUAGGCGCCUCGAUGUCGCAAAAAUCCAGCAAGCCAGCACUGCUGAGGCCCUGAGCAGGGAAAUCCCGUCCCGUUUCACGACCCGAGCCGACGGAGAAGGCAGUAACCAGUGGUCGUCACUGAAAACGUCCGUCUAUGGCACAGCCGAGAAAAUCCUUGGAUAUACCCAGCGACGCGGCAGUGACUGAAUCAGCGGAAGAACCCUGCAGUUGUCUGCUCAGACGGCUCGAGCCAGGUCUCGUAAUGAUUGGUUCCACCAACUCCGAAAGAUGACGGCAAAUUCGGCCAGAGAUGACCAGAUGUAAUAUUGGGCUGAAAUAGCGACCUCCAUGGAACAGGCCUCGAACGUUGGUGACACUCAAAAACUCUACCAACUUAUCCGCCAAGUUAGUUGUAGGCCCUCUACACUGAGUAACUUUAUUCGCGGAGUGAAUGGCGGCCUUAUUGCUGACAACUCGGCCAAAGCCGAGCGCUGUCGUGAGCACUUCGAACACCAUCUCAACUCCGAUACCCAACCCACCUCGUCCUCGCUCUCCUUUGCAGCGGAGUUUCUUCCCCUUCCAACCUUUGCAGUGUCAUGCGGCACCCCUUCUGAGGGAGAGGUCCCCGAUGCUACGCAACAAGGCACCCGGAGAGGACGGCAUACCCGCCGAAAUCUACAAGUCUUGUGUCGACUCACUGACGUCCCGGCUCCAUGAGGUGAAUGAACAAGCGUGGAGAAACGAGGUUGCUCCUGAUGACUGGGGCUUAGGCAGCCUUGUACCUAUCCCCAAGAAGGGAGGUAAGAUGAGAUGCGGGAACUACCGCGGCAUAAGCCUCAUCGACGUUGCUGCGAAGAUCUUCGCUAUUGUCCUACUCAGGCGAUUCCAGGCCGUGCGUGACUCUAGGACGAGGCCAAGCCAAGCUGGAUUUCGUGCCGGACGUGGAUGCGCGGACCAGGUAUUCACACUAAAGCAUUCUCGAAUUUCGCCAUUGCUACCAGCAACCGACGGCCGUCUGCUUUGUUGACUUUGCCAUCGCGUCCGACUCCGUCCAUCGUGAGUCCCUAAGGCGGAUAAUGGCGCUGGAUGGUGUACCACCAAAAAUCAACCAUGAUCCAAGGCCUAUUAUCGCUCUCUACUACUGCGCGAGUCCUGGUCCGCAACAAUCCUUCCCAGCCGUUUGGUAUUCGGUCUGGCGUUCUACAGAGUCGUAUCCUGUCGCCCAUUCUGUUCAAUUACGUUAUUGACUGGAUUCUCGGGAAGGCUCUACGCGAAGGUGGCGGUGUUGAAUUUGCACCCGGACACCGACUGACUGAUCUUGACUAUGCAGAGGAUAUUGCCUUACUUGCCUCAAGUUUUGGUGAUCUGAAGUCUAUGAUAUCACGGGUGAACGAAGUCGCUAAAUUGGUCGGUUAAUCCAUAAAAGCUGGGAAGACUAGUGUUUUCAAGCUGCUUUACUGACCAGGAGAAGGCGUCUCUCUGGAUUGAUGGCUGUCAACUUGAAGUAGACAGUUUUAAAUACCUUGGGGCGAGGCUGCUGUCGAAUGGCCAGAGUAAGGACGACAUUGUCUGCCGAAUCGAUGCUGCCUGCUGGGUUUUCUCGAGCCUUAGAAAGUGCCUAUGGAUCCGACGCGACCUCUCCAUCGCCACUAAGAUUCGCGUGUACCGUGCAUCUGUCCGGUCUGUCCUUCUCUACGGUUGUGAAUGCUGGGCUUUGCGCGUGGAGGACGAGCGAAAACUGGAGGUGUUUGACCACCACUGCUUGAGCACCAUCCUUCGUGUGAAGUUCACCGACUUUGUCUCAAAUGAGACAGUCCGCGUUCGCUGCGACAACAUCGCAAGGAUAACUCAGGCCAUCCAAGAAAGACGACUGAAGUGGUUCAGGCAUGUUCUUCGUCGUCCGCCUCAGGAGCUCAGUGUUACUGCCCUCGAUCCGGUGCCGCUGUCCACCUGGAGGCGUCGAGGAGGGGGUCAACUCAAAACUCGGCUCGACACAGUUCAAGACAUGGAGGUGGUUCUUAGACCUUCGGUAUUCGCUGGCGAAGAGAAUAGGUUAAACUGUCCAGAUCUGGUGCUGCGGAUCGUGGAGAGGUACAGUUCGGGACAUCAUCGAGGCCAACUAAAUCAGGCAUGA